GUCCAUUCGCGGGCACCGUAGAAGUGGGAGGACGAUACAACUGUUUUUUUUAAAAGAAAAAUACCGCGUAAAGAUUUCACGGCCUAGGAAAGAUUUGAUACCCAUUGUCAGUAUUUCCUCCCUGUUCUUCCACCUUUUUUAGUUGAUUUUAAGAGCCAUGUCUUGCAGAAGAGGAGCUUUGAUUGUUCUGGAAGGAGUUGACAGAGCCGGGAAAACCACACAAUGCCAAAAACUUGUGCAGGCGUUACAGCAGAGCGGACGAGCGACAGAAAUUCUGCGAUUUCCAGACAGAACCACUAAGAUUGGUCAGCUCAUCAGUUCAUACCUAGAGAAAAAGAGUAAUCUGGAGGAUCACACUGUUCACCUGCUGUUUUCUGCAAACCGAUGGGAAAUGGUGCCUCUAAUGAAAGAGAAGUUGGAACAAGGAAUAAAUCUAGUGGUGGACCGCUAUGCGUUUUCAGGAGUGGCUUUUACUAGUGCCAAGCCUGGCUUCUCUCUGGAGUGGUGCAUGAAUCCAGAUGUGGGACUUCCAAAACCAGACCUGGUGAUGUUUCUGCAGCUCAAUCCUAAUAUGGCAGCAAGCCGUGGAGAAUAUGGAAUUGAACGGUAUGAGACGAGUGCUUUCCAACGCACAGUUAAUCAAAGGUUUGAAGAGCUCAUGCAAGAUUCCUCAGUCAACUGGAAGGUGAUUGAUGCUGCAAGGACCAUAGAAGAGGUGCACAAAGAUAUUAAGCUUUUGAGUGAAGAAAUCAUCCGUUUAGUGGAGAAUCAGCCAGUUGGAAAGCUGUGGAGGUGAACGGAUCUGACUGCUUUUAUAUAAACUUGUUUUUCAGUCACUGUUAAAUAGUGGAAAAACUUAAGAAAUUGUAAUUUUAUUAAUUUUAUUUUUAUUUUUUAAUGAUUAAAUAAAUAUUCAUAAAAUAAA